AUACAAUUCUUUGUACGACUAAUUCCCGUUUCACCUCACGAAUUAAAAAUUGUACAAUUUGUCAUUAGGGUCAAUUGAAUUGUCGAACUUACAUUUCUAAGUCGUCUUUCAUAUUGAUGCACUUUGUUUAUAUAUAAAUUAUAUGGUAUUAAAUUUUGUGAAUAUAAUCAGUUGGUGUUUUUCCAAGAGUUAACGAUAAAAAGGUGUUAUAAAACGGAUUAUAAAACAAUUCACUUCGACUAGAUAAUAAUGAAAGACCUCAUGAAACGGCGUUCGACUCUCCCAAAAAUUGAAGAAGAUCUUACUUUUUCGAAUUUAGAAAACGAAAAUGGUGACGAUGAUAUUGAUGCAAAUUCAGCAGACGACAAACUUUCACAUGCUGGAAAUUCAAAUGAAGGAAUAGCGGAAGUGCGUUUAGAGAGCGUUCAAACCAAAUGUUCGGAUCAUAUAAAAAACGAUUCCACUGAUAUUGCUGGAAUAAAAUUUAAUUCAAAUAAUAGUAAUUGUGGAAACAUUGCUGUACACUUUAAUAAAUUUUCUCCUGAGAAUGGAAAUUAUACACAUACAUGUAUCCGUUCCAAUAAUGACAGAACUUUAGCAUUUGAAAACAACAAAAACCAUUCAGCUAUUAAUGGUUUCGAUAAUGUUAGUUGUACCAUCGUUAACAACAGAUUGUGUACGAGCGAUGAAGAGACUAAUGAUUUUGACGUUAGGACUUCAGAUCUUGAGGUUUUAAAGGCUAAGACAGCCCAACUGAAGUUAAAAACGAGAAGACCAAGUUACGUUGCAUGGAAACAACAAUUCACUUGUGGAAGAAUCAGUUUGACAAAAAGUAGUAUUUAUGCGCAUGACAACGACCCUUUAACGGAAGAUGCAGCAAAUAGAAUAGAUUCAUCCUUGGAAUGGAUACGAAAAGAAUUGGUGGAAAUGCGAUUAGAAGACCAGUCUUUGGCUAAGAAGUUUUUGAAGCUCCGAAGUGACAUUCACAAACUAAAAUUAAAAUGGAGCUGUAAGGAGCACGAGGCUAUGAUUGAGGACACACAAGAUGAUAUAGAAGACGUACAAGCAUUACAAAUGAUUUGUGACCGCCCUCUUGAACCUCUUAGAAGUGAACAUCUUCGAAAAUUCGGUGUUACGAAAAUGAAUAUUGCUUCUAGGAGGUUUUCUACUUGCUGAAAAAAGUCAACAGUAAUUUACUCACAUUUCCCUUUUUUAAUCUUUCUAAAUAAAAGGCUAUUAUUAUACUAGCUAUCUUUCAGGUUAUGCUAUAUUAUAAUAUGCAUAAUGAUGAAAUACGUGCCA